CGCAAACCGGGAGAGGAGACUGAACCGGGAAGCGCUCGCGACAUCCCGCUCGACGUACAUUAGGCCGGGUCGAGGAAGCACGCGGGCUUUCCUGUCAGAGAAAGUUGCCGGGCCAGCGACGGUCAACGUCGACCAUGGGCGCGUGGGCGGACACCCUGCGCGUCUUCGCGGCCACACUGUUAGUGAUCGAGUUGGCGCGCGCGGCUCCGGCCGUCAAAGAUGACGUCAUCUACGACCAGCGGCAGAACGGCACGGAGAACUACCGGCUGCACAUCGACGGCGUGGUCAUCGCCGUGGCGCCGGCCGAGAUGCUGCUGAACCUCGCGGACCUCGUGGACUUCUCGAGCUUCGGAGGCACCAGCGGCGGCGGAGGCGGGAGCGACGGCGGCGGCGGCGGCGGCGACUUCGUCGAAGGGGAUCUGACCCCGCCCAAGCCGGAAGAGAGCUCCUCCGCGAUGGAGACGACGACGGGGGCGGCGGCGACCGAGAGCAGCGCGACGGAGGGCGGCGCGGCGGCCGCGCAGGACACCCCCGACAAGGACCCGAGCGAGCCUGCCGCCGCCGACGCCCCCACCACCCCCAAGCCAGCCAAGAAGAUCAAGUGA